AUGACUAGUACGGGAGGGACAUCACAAAUUAACAAAAAAGUUGUAUCAAAGGAUGAAUGGGUCAAAAAAUUAUCAGAUGUCAAGAUUGAUAAAGCGGAUCUUAAUAAACUUAUCAUGAAUUAUUUCGUGAUUGAAGGAUAUAAAGAUGCAGCAGAAGCAUUUAGUCAAGAAUGUGGAUUAUCACCAAGCAUUGAUGUUGAUUCCAUACAAGAUCGAAUGAAUAUUCGAAACGCUAUUCAAAAUGGGAACGUUGAGGAAGCAAUUGAGCGUGUGAAUGAUUUGAAUCCUGAGAUAUUGGAUACGAAUCCGAAGUUAUACUUCCAUCUCCAGCAACAACGAUUAAUUGAAUAUAUUCGAGAAGGCAAAAUAACGGAAGCUUUAGAGUUUGCUCAAGAUGAAUUAGCACCCCGUGGUGAAGAAAAUCCCGAAUUUUUGGAAGAACUGGAGCGUACGAUGGCAUUACUUGCGUUUGAUGAUACUUCUGUUUCCCCAGUUGGCGAUUUGCUUCAUCCAUCACAACGUCAACGUACAGCUAGCGAAUUAAAUGCAGCAAUUUUGACUUCACAAAGUCAAGAAAAAGAUCCAAAGCUUCCUAGUUUAUUAAAAAUGCUAGUUUGGGCUCAAGAUGAAUUAGAUGAAAAAGUUCUUUUUCCAAGAAUGAAAAAUCUUGUUACAGCUGAGUUGAUUGAUACGAAUGACAGUGCUACUAACAAUACGACAAUAAAUAAUUCGUUUAUGUCAACAUAG